AAUAGAAAAAUCGACAAAAAUAAAAUUACUUUGUGGAUUAAAUUUCUCCAAUAGAUUAAUAUUUUGUAAGAAAUAAAAAAAGAAAGAUUAAUGCAUUAGGUGAGUCUGUUUGUGAAGAAUCGUUGGAAUGGGAAUCAGAUUCGUGUUAAUGGUGAACAAGCAAGGACAGACUCGUCUUGCACAGUAUUAUGAAUAUCUCACUCUGGAAGAAAGGCGAACCCUUGAAGGCGAGAUUGUUCGGAAAUGCCUCGCCCGUAGUGAUUACCAGUGUUCAUUUGUUGAGCAUCGCAACUAUAAAAUUGUGUAUAGACGCUAUGCAUCCUUGUUUUUCCUGGUUGGAGUCGAUAAUGACGAGAACGAGCUUGCAAUUUUGGAGUUUAUUCAUCUUUUGGUCGAAACAAUGGAUCGACACUUUGGCAAUGUGUGUGAACUAGAUAUCAUGUUUCAUUUAGAGAAGGUUCACUUUAUGUUGGAGGAAAUGGUCAUGAAUGGUUGCAUUGUGGAGACAAACAAAGCAAGUAUCCUGACUCCAAUUCAACUUGUGGAUAAAAAUUCAUAAGAGAAACAAAAGAAGCACUCCUGGUAAUUUUUAUUUAAUAUUGGUUCUUUUGCAAUUAUUUUAAGCGUACAAUAAAGUGAAUAACAAUAGUUAAUCUCCAAAUUUCUUUAUCUAUCAAAACAGCAUUUUUUUUUUUCAUGUUAGUUUUCUCCCUCCUUGAUUGCAAUGAAUUGACCGUUGAUCAUGUUCUCAAAGGGUCAAAAACACUUGAAUGGUACUUAGUGUAAUCAAUACUCUGAAUUCAGAAGUUGCUUACUUGCUAACGGAAAGUUGGAUGGAAUUGUUUUCAUGUUACCUGUCUAUCUCUGGUAAUGCCUAAGAUUGUCUUUACAGUUUAAGCUUCAUAUACUUAUACAAGAUAAAUUCAAGCUGGAACUUUUAUUUGUUUUAAUUAAUAAAUCAACUUCGAACAUUUUUUUUUCAAGUAAUUGGUUUGCCUCAAUUAUUAUACAUCACUAUGUGACGUCAAAAGCACCCGACUUCUUAUUACAAUAUGUUCAUGUAAUUUUAUCAUAACACGUGCGGUCACACACACAUAUAUAGAGAGAGAUUGGAAUUUCCUCGAGUGAAAACAAUGCGCAUGUGCACUAUCGUGUUUGAUGAUUUAUAUUCCUUAAUGACCGCAAAAUGUGUUCCACAAGGUUGUGACAUUUUGUAUAUAGAGAAUAGAAAGUUUCCCUGACUUGGCUUGGUACAUUUAAUGUAAAUCAUGAUUAAUUGUAUUUUUAAAGACUGUUAACUACACAUUGAAUGCAAAUGAAGUGAAAGAGAAGGCUGUAAGCUCUUGCAUACAUGUCUGUUAUUCCAACCCAAUACUUGUGUGAUCAUAUGUUAAAAGAGAAAUGUUAGAAAUACUUUCACAAGUAAUUUAUUAAAAAUCAUGAAACUUGAUAAAUAUUAUCUUAGAAAAACGUCUUUGAUGUGGAUGAUGCACAAUGCUAUUGACUUUUUGCUCUAUCCUGAGAUGAUGUUUCCCUGUUUCUCAUCAUGUCCGCUUCUCCUAAUAAACUACCAGUUGUUGAAUGGAUAGUUUUUGAAUUGUUCAUAAUGUAAUUUGCAAUGCUCUAU